UAGAAAAAUAAAAUGCAUCAUCAUCAUCGACGCCGACGUCAGAAAGAGCGCCUCUUUUUUGCGCUCCCGUUCCUUUCGCUCUCCUCUCUCUCCCCCUCUCUCGCUCUCCCCCCUCUCGAUCCCUCGAUCCUUCAAGCGUCUCGAAAGAGGGGAGAGGAGAGGAGACGAUGACGAGGGAGGUCGUGGCUCACGUUUACGACGUGACCAACAGCGGAUCUGAGAAGACGAACAACACCAUCCUGCAGGUCAACAGGAUCUUCAAGGACCGGAUCGGGCUCGGCGGGAUCUUUCACAGCGCUGUUCAGGUUUAUGGAGAUGAAGAAUGGUCAUUUGGGUUCUGCGAACAGGGUUCUGGGGUCUUUAGUUGUCCGCCUCGUAAAAAUCCAAUGUACACCUACCGUGAGAGCAUUGUUCUUGGAGAAACCAAUUGUUCAAUUCUCAAAGUGAAUCAGAUCUUGAGGGAACUUAGCAGAGAAUGGCCUGGACACUCUUAUGACCUUCUAGCAAAAAACUGCAACCACUUUUGUGAUGUUUUCUGUGAGAGGCUUGGUGUUCCAAAACUUCCAGCAUGGAUCAAUCGAUUUGCAAAUGCUGGAGAUACUGCCAUGGUUGUUGCAGGAAAUACAGCAGCACGGCUAAGGCAAGCAAAGACGGAAAUUGUAGCUGCCAGCAAGGUGGCCUACAAAUUCAUGGCAGGCCUCGGCUCUAACUCUCCAACGACUCCCGAGUCCCCAAACAAUCAAGAAAGAGGCAGUCCCAGGUUUCAAGGUGCCUGGUUUAAAAAACUCGCCUCAGUUGGUGCCAAGCCUUCGAGUAGUGCCCUUGAGUUCUCACAUGAAGAUGGUGAUGAUGGAUCUUUACUGAGGCAGAAACGGAGCUCGGAUCAUAAUAUCUGAGGGGACAUUUGAUUCGGUUGUAUCAUAGAUUGUUGUUUGAUUUGUGUACGAGUAGGGAGGAAAAUUUGUUAGUUUUGUGGUUGAAACUGUAUAAAAACUCUUCAAAAAUUCUUUACAAACUUGCUGUGGGAACAAAAGCUUAAAGAGUGAGUGCUAGUACAUUGACUGGGUGCUAACGCUGUGUUUGUAUUA